UUCGGACUAGCUUGAUACGAGUGAUUGAGGUGUAGGCACCGAGACAGUCAGCUUGCGACAGAAAAACAAACGAAGAUAGGUCGAGCAGUAGUCAGAGCACAGUCAGCCCAUGUUUUAAAAGAAAAAAAAAGAAAGAGUAAAACCAAAGGAUAGGUGGAUUUAAACGUUAUUUGUGUCGGUUUUACGCGGGCUCAGUUAUUUAUUGUUUGGUUCUCAUUUUGGCGGAGUGUGUCACCGUUUGCCCAUUCUCACUGGAGUGAGCACUAAGGAGGACUCCAUGAAAGAUGACGGAGGAGGUGAUUGUUGUAGCCAAGUGGGACUACACGGCCCAGCAGGACCAGGAACUUGACAUCCGUAAAAACGAGCGUCUUUUCCUCCUGGACGACUCAAAAACCUGGUGGCGUGUCCGCAAUGCCGGCAACCAAACGGGCUACGUGCCAUCGAACUACGUUGAGCGCAAGAACAGCCUGAAGAAAGGCUCACUGGUGAAGAACAUCAAAGACACACUGGGUUUGGGAAAAACUAAGAGGAAGACCAGCGCCCGUGAUGCAUCCCCAACACCAAGCUCAGACACAGAGUACCCCUCCAAUGGCAGCGGGGGCGGAGGUGGAGCUGCUGAAAGGAUCUACGACCUCAACAUUCCCGCCGUGGUCAAGUUUACCUACACAGCAGAGAGAGAUGAUGAGCUGACCCUGGGCAAGGGCUCCAGGGUCAUCGUGAUGGAGAAGUGUAGUGACGGCUGGUGGCGGGGCAGUCAGGCAGGCCGCGUGGGCUGGUUUCCCUCCAAUUAUGUCCUGGAGGAGCUUGGUGGGGCUGAUGACAGAGAGGAAGAAUAUUCCUCACAGGGCUACCACGUAGGCUCUCAGGGGACUUUGUUGGCCAAUGGGCAAGCAGGCGGCCUCGGUGCAGUGCUCCACUUGGUUCAAACACUCUACCCCUUCAGCUCUGUGACCGAGGAGGAGCUGAACUUUGAGAAGGGAGAAGUCAUGGAGGUGGUGGAGAAGCCUGAGAACGACCCCGAGUGGUGGAGGUGUAAGAACUCACAUGGCAUGGUGGGCCUGGUGCCUAAAAACUAUGUGGUGGUGCUGGAUGAGCGGCCUGGCCUGCCCUCCCCUUCGUCGAGCUCCCCGCAAAACCGCUUGGUGGCACCGGCACGCUCAGGGAAGUUCGCUGGGAGGGACUGGUACUACGGCAAAAUCACCAGACACCAGGCCGAGUGUAUACUCAACGAGAGAGGAGAGGAGGGCGACUUCCUUGUACGAGACAGCGAGUCAUCGCCCAGUGAUUUCUCUGUGUCUCUGAAGGCAGCCGGUAAGAAUAAGCACUUUAAAGUGCAGCAGUCAGAGGGAGUGUACUGCAUCGGCCAGCGCAAGUUCAACUCCAUUGAUGAACUAGUGGAGCACUAUAAGAAAGCCCCCAUCUUCACCAGCGAACAUGGAGAGAAGCUGUACCUGGUCAAAGCUUUGCUGUGAUUCACACAUCCUCACAAAUACACUGGAUCUCACGCACAAACACACACUCUUCAUACACACUAUACACACAUAAUACUAAUGCCACCCCCUAACUGUCUUAACUCGAGCCUUAGCUCUGGACCCUCCUUGCUGUGGCGUCUGUACUAUAUCCAGUUUUUUCUGUCACCCUCCAGUGUUGAUCAGGUCAAACUCUUUCUAGCUCUACAACCGAGCAGUUAACCCCAAGACGACGAGCACUG